CGAGGAACAACGCAGGCACCUUUCCUAGCCGCCUGGACGUCAGCUGCUUCUUCGCUAGCUCUUCUUUAUCGUAUCUGCUGGACGUUAGUUCACUGGUGUCCAAUUUCCCUCUCAAUACCCAAGGCCAUUGAAAAUUCGAGGACGACGAUGGCAAUCUCCAAGCAGCUGAAGCUGUUGUUUACCAGUGGCUCGCUUAUCGCAGCCGCGCUGGCCAGUCCCGCACAGAAGCCGCUCAGCGACGACGACAUCGACGACACACCACUACCGCUUGUCAUUUGGCAUGGCCUAGGAGACAGCUACUCAGCCGCCGGCCUCCGCGAAGUCGGCGCCCUCGCCGACGCCGUCAACCCCGGCACGCUCGUCUACUUCAUUCGCAUGGACGACGACGGCAGCCGCGACCGCUCCGCCACCUUCCUCGGCAACGUGACCGAGCAAGUGGCCAAAGCCUGCGCCGACAUCGCCGCGCACCCGAUCCUCUCGACCGCGCCGGCCAUCGACGCCCUCGGCUUCAGCCAAGGCGGCCAGUUCCUGCGCGGGUACAUCGAGCGGUGCAACAGCCCGCCCGUCCGCAACCUCGUCACGUUCGGCUCCCAACAUAACGGCAUCAGUGCCUUCCGCGACUGCCCCUGGUCCGACUGGGUCUGCCGCGGCGCCAUGGCGCUGCUGAAAGGCAACGCCUGGACGCAGUUCGUGCAGAGCCGGCUGGUGCCGGCGCAGUACUAUCGCAACCCGGACGAGUACGAGCAAUAUCUCGAGCACUCCAACUUUUUGGCGGACAUCAACAACGAGAGGAAGUUCAAGAACCAGACCUACAGGGAGAACUUGGCCAAGCUGGAGAAUCUGGUGCUGUACAUGUUCGAGGAUGAUACUACGGUGGUGCCCAAGGAGACGGCUUGGUUUGACGAGGUCAAUGGCACCGAGGUUACGCCCCUUCGCGCGAGGAGGAUGUACUCGGAGGAUUGGAUCGGGCUGCGCGAGUUGGAUCGUAAGGGCGGACUGCACUUCCGCACUGCGCCGGGUGAUCAUAUGCAGCUCACGGAUCAGUUGCUGAAUGAGACGUUUGCGGAGUUCUUUGGGCCGUUGAAGAAGGCGGAGAAGAGUGCUCCGAGACCGUUCUUGCUUGGGGCGGGUGACCUCUAAUGACGAUGCAUGGUUUAAUCAAAGAUGCCGCAUAUGGGAUUUUGGGGUGACUUGGUUCCCCAGUAUAUAACAGCAGUCUCUGUUAGAAGUUUCUUAGGGUUUGGAUUCAGGACAGUUUGGUUAUUUUCAGGGUUUCGGAGUCAUGGAUAUUGGAUAAUGGUAAUGGCAAGAGGGCGUAGGAGUUUAUUGACAUUGAGAUCUUAUAUAAUGGUCAACCGUUAUUCACCAU